CAGUCAGUGCGGCCUUGCAGACUGAAGAGCGCUGCCAACAAAGGCCGAGUCGAUGGGGUUACAAAAAAUUUGUUAAUUUGGACUUAUAAAACCCUUUUGUUAUCAUAAUUAUAAUUUUAAAUAGGUUGUGAAUCUGUGAUUACGUUAAGAAAUGUGUGAAUGAUAUGAAUUGUGACGACUAGCAAAGGAGUCAGCUGGUCCACAGUGCGAAUAGUGAAUAAGAAAUGGCGGCCUUGCCAGCAGGUGUUCAGUAUGGGUUAUCAUCUGAGUCUAGUUAUAAAGAAAACAAGGAACUAGUGUUUGUGAAACUUACGGAUUCUGCUUUGAAAGCUAUAGAAGAUUUUAUUAGAAAUAAUAGGGACAAAUUAGCAAAACCUAAAAUACAGUUCCUACCCGGAAAUGAAGGGAAAAUAUCGAUUCCGGUCCCGACCAAUGGCACGUCAAGCGAGUCAACAUUUCACUUUAGCAUCAACAGCAAUGCAGAAAUGGAGGGCCCGCAGGGGUCGUUCGAGUGCGUGCGAGGGGGUGCCGGCGCGCGGAGGUUGGAGUGCUGCGGGCCGCUGCCGCGUCGCAUGCGCGUCCUGGCCAACGACGAUUCGUACGAGGCGACGAAGGACCGCAUGGCGCGCACAGUCGCCGCCGAGCAGAGCAAGUGCACUCGGGUUAUAAAACCCAACCAGACGGACAUAGGACGUAGAAUAAAUAAACGCCUCUCACAUACGACGUACUCGAAUGGGUCGGCGGCGGCGCAGCUGGCGGAGAGAGCCGAGCGCGCCGAGAAGGAGCGGCUCGAGCGGUUGGAGCGGGAACGUGCGGAGAGAGCGGAGAGGGAAAGAGUAGAGCGCGCAGAGAGGGAGCGUGUCGAGCGUGCAGAGAGAGAACGCGUCGAGAGAGCGGAAAGAGAAAGAGCCGAAAGGGCGGAAAGAGAACGUGCCGAGCGGUUAGAGAGAGAGCGCGUGGAGCGAGUAGAAAGAGAACGCGCCGAGAGAGCCGAGCGGGAACGAGCGGAGAGACCUGACCGGGCGGAACGACCAGAGCGGGCGGUGCCCCGCGGCGCACCACCUCCCCACCAACGUCCUCCGCCCGCCGCGGACGUUUCUCGACGAUCCAUCAAUGAGAGACUUAUACAAUUAUUAGCACUGAAGCCAUUCAAGAAACCCGAGUUAUACGCGAGGCUGAGUAGUGAAGGCAUCAAGGAGAAGGACCGCGCUGAGGUCAACAAGAUCCUGCCCAAGAUCGGCUCACUCAAAGACAACUGUUAUCAUCUGCGUAGGCACAUAUGGAACGAUGUCAACGAGGAUUGGCCCUUUUAUACUGAAGAGGAGAAACGCAUGCUCAAAAGGCGGAAACCUCAAAAUCUAACGCCGCCUCUAAGCAGCGACUCGGCCAAUUCUCUAUCACCCCGCGCGUCACCCGCGAGCGGCGGCAGCGGGAGCGGGAGUGGGGGGAGCGGGGGCAAGCGCGCGCCCGCAGGGGACGAGGACACGCCCGCGGCAAAGAAGAAGCGCAUCUCCCACUACCGCCGCCCCUCCCCGCCCUCCUCCGGGUACGCGACCACCUCCUCCGGUGAACGACACGCCUCCGACAACGAGGAUGACAGGACCAAUGUUAAAAAGGAUAAUGGUUACACUCUCAACUUCAAUACGGUGAAGGAUCUCUGUCCCAGUCCUGUGAAACCUAACGGCUUCAGAAAUAGUCCUACAGUAGAGCAAACUAGUAUCACAGAAAAAGACAUCACAAAUACUGAACAAUUAGAAACUACAGAUUUAACGUCUGUACCUGAUGAGAAUAUGACUGAUUUGGUAGAUAUUGAAAGGCAGUACCCGGCGAUCGCGAGCUCAGGCACGCGGCGCGCGUACAAGCAGGAGUUCUCCGAGUUGUACACGGAGUACAGAGCGUUGUACGCGCGCGUCGCGCAGGUCGCCGCGCUCUUCUCCCAGCUCGAGCAGCAGCUGCGCCGCACCGAGCCCGCCUCGCCGCAGCGCAGGUCGAUAGAGCAGCGCAUAGUAGAGGAGUACCAGCGCGUGCGCAACAACACCGCGUACCAGCGCGAGAGGCGGCGCGUCAACUACCUGCAUCGCAAGCUCAACCACAUCAAGCGGAUGGUGCAGCAGUACGACCAGCUGCGCAAUUUGAAACCGGAGCGCGUGUCGGCGGCGAGCACGACGCAGGCGUACUGACACUCGCGCUCCCCGUGCGCCGCCCGCUGCCUCUAGUGGCCGGCCNNNNCCGCCCCGCCCCGCCC